GUUGGACUUGGGAUCAUCCAAGGGUGGCCUUCCACGAUAAAAUUGCAUUAGCCUUUUGGACGGCUGUAGUUUUAGGCGGAGUACAAUAAUCAUCCAAGUUAACCAUUGGAUACCACUGUUGUUCGUUCGCGGGAUCAUCGGAAAAGCGGAGAUUUCCAGGCUACGGGCAUAUAGGCCAUGGCAAUGGAGUAUGGCAAGUUAGCUCGGAGCAGGUAUCGAACUCUUGAGUACCAGAAGGCCAUGUCCUUGGAGUUUGACGAGCAUUGGGAUGACCAGUGGAAGGCAAACUGGUGUUACGGCGCAGAUGGUGCUGCAGAGUGGGGUCUGGACUUCCCCGAGGCAAAUGGACACAGCCAAUCACCGAUCAACAUAACGUCACGUGAAGCCGUCUACCAAUCAUCAUUGAAUGACAAUUUACUCACGCUGAACUACAUCCUCUGCCGCGAGACAGACGUCUGUAACAACGGAAAUUCGCUCAUCGUGUAUCUAAGAUAUAAACCAGGCGAUGCCGGCUUCAGAUCCGAUGUCACACCAAAAUCAACACUAAGCGGAGGUCCCUUGCCUGUGGGUCACGAGUACGAGCUUGCCGAGAUUCGGUUCCACUGGGGACGGGAGGAUGUGAGAGGGUCCGAGCACACUGUCAACUGUAAGGCUUUUCCCAUGGAGCUUCAUCUUAUACACUACAACACCACACUGUAUGAGUCUUUAGAGCAAGCUUUGGGGAAGCCUGAUGGUGUCUCGAUCAUUGCCAUCUUCAUACAGGUGGGACGAGAACAUUCUGGUCUGAAGCUCCUGACAGAUAAUUUUGAAGACGUUCAACACAAGGGCCGUCAGAAGACACUCUCGACGGCAUUUAAUCCCAACUGCUUACUCCCAGAUCCGAUGUUACGUGACUUCUGGACGUACCGAGGUUCUCUGACCAUACCGCCGUGUAGUGAGAACGUGACGUGGAUUAUAUUCCGCUAUCCCCUGACUAUUUCACACCCUCAGAUUGAAGAAUUUCGUCGUUUGCGGACUCACCAUAAGGGAGAGCAACCAGUUUACGGCGAAGAUGGCGCACUUGUUGACAACUUCCGGCCGACGCAGAGGCUGAAUGAUCGAGUAAUCCACGCCUCGUUUCAAUGAUGCAGCGGAUGGGUUUUCUUGAGGUUGGAAUAAAUUGGAAAUAAUUCUAAUUGAAGAUUACUACAAUGUAUGCGCGAUGACAGUGACACUCCAAUUCUCUCCGACAUAUCAGAGAGUGUGCUGGCUUUUGAGCAUCCCUUCCAAUGGUCAGCUUGCAGAUUUUUGAGAGUGUUUAUGCUGGUGAUAGUCUAACUUUCAUCCAGCCGACUAGUGCAUUGUCUCCAAUGGUUCAACGACUUCAAUUGAGCACUUCGUGAGGCUCUCAGCAUCCACUUGAUGUCACGGUACAGAAAAAGGAUCUAUAUAUAUUUUGUAAUUUUAAAUUAAUUAUUAGCUGUUGUUUUUUUCCGGUAUUUUGAACGGUCAAGCGCUAAUACGACGUACCGUUCGAAUGACAUGGUUGCUUAUCCUUGGGUUGGCUCUUUUAUGCGAGCCAAUGGUGCAGUGUCUCCCUCCCUCAUCCCGGAAUUGAAAUUUAGGAAACUCGUUGAAUUGCUUUAGUUUUGUUCAGUGUUUCAGUAGUUCUGUUUUGUUUUAAUUUCGGUUUUCAUUAAUCUUUUGUUCCUCGUAAUUCUUUACCAUAAUUCGAAUCGGAUUUCCUUUCAAUUAGUUUUCAUAAGGAUUUGAUUGCUCUUCAUUUUAUUCUAUAUUGCAAGCGUGGCGAACGCAUGUUGUUCUGACAAUGUCUGAAUAUUCAUGCAUAGUGUCACCAGAAUUUACGAAGAAGGUCGUGUUUCAAAAAUCACAAGGGCAGUUAACGGUUAAUUUAAACGUAUUUCAGGACAAAGGCUCAAUUCUUCUAUUUCCUACAUAUGGUCGCUUGUAUCCCCGACCAUCCCCCUCCUUCUAUGCUUGAUCAGAGAUUGUUUGAUGAUAUUAAGCUCCGUUCCUUCCGUCACAUGGCUAUACUAAUCGCUCUCACGAGAACAUGGGUGUGGCAGGGUUGUUUAACGUUAUGCGGAAGCUGAAGACUUGGUCGACAUUUAUACGAUCUCUCAGUGACAUCUCGUGAGUGAUUUAUAAAUAAUCGAAGCGAUUUCGCUGCGUGAAAUCCUGGCCCGUCGCUAUGUCGAGGAUGAACUAUCAAAAUAUUGUAAAAUAACAUAUAAAAAGCUCUCCUAUUGACAUACUGGCGUUAUGCUUCAAUGAACAGGGCAUGAAAGUUACAUGUUCAAAAUGAUAAGGUACUCAUUUUUUUGUUUCUCAUCAGAAUUCCUCGUAGUGCCCUCGAAAAAUCUGAUCCACGAUUUUGCAAAAUCGUCACAUACAAAUUUAACUGUUUCUUUUGUGUCUCGCUAAGCUUUAAAAUUGAUAUGGUCCAUCACACUCCAGUUACAUUUGUUUCAGCCAAGCUUCAUAAUGAAUAUGAUCUAUUACUCUACCCUUUCUUUGGUCUUUCGAUAAGCUUCAUAAUGAAUAUGAUCUAUUACUCUACCCUUCCUUUGGUCUUUCGAUAAGCUUCAUAAUGAAUAUGAUCUAUUACUCUACCCUUUCUUUGGUCUUUCGAUAAGCUUCAUCGCCCUACUGUGUUUUCUUUUGUUACGCGCCCAGCUACAAAAUGGAUAUGUUGUAAAGUGGCAUUCCAUUCAUAACUGUCCCUGAUUGGUGGAGUUCUUUAAAUCAUUUUUGUAAUCUGAUAAUCGAAGUGCGGGAAAAGAAAAAGUUAGAAAUGUUGUAUUUUUCUGUGUAAAUUAUAUUUCGCUACUGUAGAACCGAAGCUGUUAAUCGUUGAUUUGAAU